CCGGGGUUGGUGUUUGUAAACUUGCCUCGGUCCCGGUGGGGGCAGCCGCGGCGGUAGGGUUGGCAGGGUGUGCUGGGGCCUGGAGGAGGCGCCGCGCGGCCGGGGAGCCAGCGGGAGGCCGCGCCUGGCAGGUUUCUGAAACAGAUCGUGAGCUUCAUCAAGAGAAUUCAACUGGAAAACCAAGACUGGUAGACUCUCUUUUUCUUCAGACAAUAGGCAGGAGCCAGGCAGAGUCCAGGGAUUCUUGGAACACCUAUCUUUUCUUUGGAGGACACUAAGUUCUAUUUGAAGACAAAGUUCAAUAUGGCAACAGGACUGAUGGGACACGAAGGAGUCGUUACCGUGAUUUGGUGACAGUUCUUCAAAACGACAGUGUCUCAAGGAAAGGUGGACCUAGGAACUCCUGAACUUUUGGGUUGCCUUAAGUGAGAAAUCAGCAUGGCUCAGGCAAGUCUCCUGGCUUGUGAAGGCCUAGCAGGUGUGAGUUUGGUUCCCACUGCAGCCAGCAAGAAGAUGAUGCUGAGCCAGAUUGCCAGCAAGCAGGCCGAGAAUGGCGAGCGGGCAGGUAGCCCUGAUGUGCUGAGGUGCUCGAGUCAGGGUCACCGAAAAGACAGUGAUAAGUCCCGGAGCCGCAAAGAUGAUGACAGCUUGUCUGAGGCCUCUCAUUCAAAAAAGACUGUUAAAAAGGUGGUGGUAGUGGAACAAAAUGGUUCUUUUCAAGUAAAGAUUCCCAAAAAUUUUGUUUGUGAACACUGCUUUGGAGCCUUUCGGAGCAGUUACCACCUAAAGAGGCACAUCCUUAUUCACACUGGUGAGAAGCCGUUUGAGUGUGAUAUAUGUGAUAUGCGUUUCAUCCAGAAGUACCACCUGGAACGCCACAAGCGUGUGCACAGUGGUGAAAAGCCUUACCAGUGUGAACGGUGUCAUCAGGUAAGGCUCAUCCCUGCUACAAUCCCCCCCACACACUUUUUCUUCCCCAAGAAUCAGGGCCACCCUCCACUCCUGCCUGACAAAAGAGCCACCAGCGUUACUCGCCAUAAUAGUUAACACAUCGGGGUGAAGUGCAUCUGUCUGGCCUUAUGCAGCUGAUCAUGGGGAGGAGCAAUUAGAACAUUGUAAUAAUAAUAAUAAUAAUAAUAGCAUUCCAUGAUCACUUACUCUAUGCCAGGCACUGUGAGAGCAUACUUUACAUAGAUUAUUUUAUUUAAUGCUCACAUUGACUCCCUAAGGUAGCUGUAUUGUCCUUAUUUCACGUAUGGGAAAAUUGAGAUUCAGAGAAGUUAAGUUUCCCAGGGACACCGCAGAUCACGAACAGAGCUGGGAUUCAGUCCAACUUCAGAGCUAGUGCACUUUGGAGGAAGAGAUACAAUCUUUGCCCUGGGGGUCAGUAUCUGAUCUGAUGAGAAUGUAAGAGCUGGGGCCAAAACAAGGCAAGAACAAGAGAUGAGAAAUGAUAAUAGCUAACACUUCCUGGAUGCAUUGCUAGGUCCCAAGCUUUGCUCUGCACUCUUACACUGAAUCUUCAGACACUAGAAUAAAAGCUCCAUGAGGGCAGAGACUUUGUUCCUCUGGUUCUCUACUCUGUAUCUGCCUUGAGAUAGAUACUCAAUAAAUCUUUGAUGAAUAAAGCAGCUGUGCUGUGAGUAGGUACUUUUAGCCUCGCUUUGCAGUUUUGCAGAUAAGUAUGCAGAUUCUGGGCUGUUAGGUAACUUGCCCAAGGUCACACAGCUGCUGAGUGAUAGAGCCAAGAUUCAGCCCCAGGCGGUCUGGCCCGAGAGCUUGCAUUCUCCGCCACUGUGUGCUCCUGCUGUCUGUGCACGUGCUGAGGGGAUGGAGAAUGUGGUAUCUGCCUCCUGUGAGAGGAAUGAGUUAGCCAACAGGUAGCUGCGUUUCUCUGCUCAGGCACUUAACCCUCCCUUUCUUCUCAGUGUUUUUCUCGGACAGAUCGAUUACUCAGACACAAACGGAUGUGCCAAGGGUGCCAGUCCAAGACUUCCGACGGGCAGUUUUCUCUAUAGGCGCAAGGGGCCCCGGGUGGUGGGAGUGAUCGGAAGAACCUGCCGAAGAGCACACCCCCUCUGGUCUGAUGGUCCCACCACCGCCCCAUGUGAACCUGUCCCACUCCUGGAGGAGUGGACCGAGGAGACCAGAAGAGUGCAUCAGGGGACAGUGGCCCCAGAACCUCAGCUCUGUAAAUAAUCUGAGACUAUGAGUAUCUCGGGGAAGUUCUUACAGCAUUCCUGGGUAGGGGAGCUAGUCCCUGGACCCUUGGCUGAGGUCAUAGGUGGGGACUCAAGGUACAGGACCAAGACUGAAGUGUGGCUCCCACAACCUUGGACUCCAGCUGGCAGCUAAAAUGGAAAAGAUUGGGGAAGGGGAUUUGUUUGUUCUGUUCUUGUUUUUGUUUAUCCAAAAGCAACUUCAGCAGGUAAACUGUGGAUACAGGUAAUCCAGAGGCAUAAGGGUCCUGGUCCAAAGUAGGGACUAUAGCUGGUCCAGCUCUCCCCAGAAACUGGGUUUUUAGUUGCAGUAGCUCCUCAGUGUUUCACAAUCCUGCACUUUGCCUCCUUUUUGAGGAAGAAUAAGAUCAGGAAUGGCAGCUGAGCUUACUUUGGCUUCCUUAUACACUGUAGGGACAAAAGGAAAAACGGGGUGGAGCAGACAAGGGCUGGAUCCAAAAAGUGGAUGGCACCUCUUCCUUCCUCAAGGGAAAAGGAAGAGUUGUGCCUGUGGGUGUUGUCAUGGCCCAUGUCACAUUGGCACCUGAUGGCAUCAGCUCAAAUGCCUUUAGGAGGAAACUUGGGUGAGAGUGGCCCAUGAAGCCCUUUUCUUCUUUUUUUGGGGAGUCGGUCUUGGAGAUGGUUUGUGGCUACCUCGCUGCCAUUGACUCCUAAAGUGAGACAGAUGUGUUGAGCAAGGAGUCAUGGAAGUCAAAGUGGGUUCUCUCUCCUUGUGCCCUCUUAGGAACAACCCAAGACUGGUCCCAAGUUGGCUAACAGCUGCUCAAGAAACAAAGGAAUCUGGGGUCUUCUGACAUGCCUGUUGAGCAGUAGGAGCUGUUCUCCCUCCCCAAGUCCUAUCACUGUAUUCAGGUAGAGGAGGUAGGGAGGGGUCUGUCCUUUGGUCCCAAAAAACAAGAUCUCGGCUUGCUUCCUGAUGGCCAUCCCUACCCAACAGAGUGUGGGGGAUGGGGGUGGGGGUGCUGCAGAGAAAAGACUAAAGAAGAAACCUAAUGUAGGUUCCAUUCUUAACCAUAUUCUUUGCUCCUCUCUGCUCCAAUACCACCACCUUGUCCACUCCCAAAAAAGUAAUCAGGGGUGUGUGUGUGUGUGAGAGAGUGUGUGUGAGAUAUGAGUGCAUGUAUUUGUAUGCUUGCAGGAGAUGGCAUAUUAUUGAGCCAAGCCCUUCUCUGGCCCUCACCUUCAGGGAGGAUGAGUGGAAAAUAGCCUCCUCUUGCCCAAACAUGAAGGGUGCUUGAGGUCUCAGCAGGAGCUGAAGAACACAAUUUAGGGAACAGAAGGGCUUUUGUUUUGGAGGGUUUUUUUUUUUUUUUUAAGAUGAAUUCAACAGCCUGGCGGUUAGGAUGUUUCUAACCCAAGCCAGGGCUUGUGAACAUGAAUUUUCUAAGGUGAAAUAAACCUUUUCUUUCUGCUAAAGAAAGAAUCCUUAUAGGAAGUUUUGGGGUUUGGUUGACCCCCCACUGUAACCUGACCUGACCUGUGGCGGGUAAGGGAACUGUCUUAGUAAUCAUGGAGACUGGGUGAACCUGAGUGCCAAGCUGUCAGUAGGGUCUGAGAUGGGAAACUCCUGGAAGUAUGAUUUCAUUUCCCAGAAAAUGUAAAGAAUGGAUACCAGCAAUGAUUCCUGGCUGUUACCUAUUCUGGAGGGGUGGGGUUGGGGAGGGGGUUGUCCAUACCUCUGUGGUAUGAGUAUUUCAGGGAAAAAGAAAGCAGGCAUGGCACCCAUUCGAUUUUCCCUGACAGCAUCUGAGAUCCUUUUGGGGAGACGCUGAGGAGUGUUUGCUGCCAUGUACUCUUAUAGCUCUAUGCUGACACUCCCAUUUGAUGUGGUCCAGAACUUAGACCUCAGUCCUUGGAUCAGCCCUGUGGUCCCUGCAAGCAGGGGCAUCUUUCUGCAUGUGAGCCAGCCCCCUUCCUGUUCAAGGGUUCUGCUGGAUCUGGGGUUUUCCUGUCCUUCACUUCUGGGAUGAUUCACCCCACAUCUUCCAGCACCCUGUAAACCAUUUAAAAAUAUUUAGAAAACUAUCCUCCCAAAAGUGCUUUUGAAAAUGAGAGGCCUCUGUCCCUGCCACUUACAGGUAGUCUCUUUGGGAUAGGGGUGUAUGUGGAGAGAUUCACAUAAGUCUCACAUGAGUGACCUGUGCCCCUAUGUGUACUAAUGUGUGUACUGGGUCAGAAGGUGCCCUGGGUUCCCACAGACCUUGGUUUCCUGCCUGGGUGGGUGGGAGGGAGGGAACUUCAGAGAGUAUGUGCGAACAGCCAUAGCAGAGCCACCCCUGCCAAGGACCCAGUGAGGGAAACUCAGGAGCAGGUGGUUGGUUCAGUUCCCGCGCAGAUGUCUGGGGCAAUGCAUGUGUGAGAAGAGAGGCGCAAAGCAGUGAAAGGAGUGAUUUGGCAUCCAGAGGGCCCGGGAGCCCCACGGAUACCCCAGGGAAGCCACUGACUCACACCGCUGCAGAGGCUCAUGGGCCCAAUGCCCCACCCCUGCUGGCCAGCAUGGGGCCUAGCACUGGAAGAUGCCUCAGGUGUGUUUGGAGUGGGGGAAACGGAAAUAGGGCACGCUCUCAGAGACCAGGACGGAGAGUCAGGGAACCUGGGAAAGAGUAGUGCCAGUUCCGGGUAGGCUGCUGCACCAGGCCCUACCAGCUCAGGCUAUAAACAGUCUGCUUUGCCCCAAGUCUUUUCCGUCCACCCCCAACAGCCUUGUCAUCACUUAGCUACUGAUCACGCCCAUGGCUUGACAUUGGAGGGUUACAUUAGUGGAGUCCGCCACAGCUUCGAACCCUCUCCCCAGAUGCCCUUUGCCUCUGCUGUGGCCCUGGGGUUUUAUCAACUGUCCCCUUCCUAUCCUCCUCUCCACCCUGUUUUUUGUUUUGUUUUUUUUUUAAAUAAUAUACUUAUUUUGCUAUGGGGGAGGGGAAUAUCAAAUGGACAAGAUCACUUUUAAAUGGUAGUUUUUAUAAGAUGUUAUAAACUUGUAUCUUUUUACCAUUAAAGUGCAGUGUAUGUUCCUUCGUGAUAUAUUUAGGAUAUUUAAAUAAAAGGAAAAUGGGGCUUUUCUACAUACUA